AUGGACACGGACGCGCACCUCACCGCCGGCUACUGCGCCGCCACCGGCACCUACAGCAGCCACCACCCUCCACUCGCCACGGCCGCCGCCGCCUCGUUCCCCGACUACCUCUUCCCGCGCCUGCUGACGUUUCCUCCCGACCGCCCGGCCUUCGUCGACGCGUCCACCGGCGCCACCCUCUCCUUCCCGGACCUGCGCACGCUCUCCCUCAAGGCAGCCGCCGCGCUCUCCGCGCUGGGCCUCCUCCGCGGCCACGUCGCCCUCCUCCUCGCGCCCAGCUCGCUCCACUUCCCCGUCGUCUCCCUCGGCGUGCUCUCCCUCGGCGCCGUGCUCUCCACCGCCAACCCGCUCCUCACGCCCGGCGAGCUCGCCAACCAGGCCCGCGACUCGGAGCCUUUCCUCGCGCUCACCACCGCCGAGCUCGCCCCCAAGCUCGGCUCCCUGCUGCCCGCCUCGCGGGUCGUCCUCGUCGACCGGCUCCUCGCCGGCCUCGACGGCCACGACGCGUGGGCGGGCGCGUCCGGCAUCGGCCCCGACGACCCGGCGCUGAUCUUCUACUCGUCGGGCACGACGGGGAGGAGCAAGGGCGUCGUCAGCACGCACGGCAACGUCAUCGCCGCGGCCGCGCUCCUCCAGCACGUCUGGCGGCGCCGCGGCGACGGCGACGAUGCGGAGGACGUGUACGGGUGCGUGCUGCCCAUGUUCCACAUGUUCGGCUUCUCGGCGUUCGUUCUCGGCACCCCGGCGAUCGGCGCCACGGCGGUGCUGGUCCCCGGCAGGUUCUCGGUGGACAGGCUGAUGGCAGCAAUGGAAGAGCACAGGGUCACCAGGCUCCUGGCGGUGCCGCCCAUGGUCGUUCAGAUGGCGAAGAAGGUCGCCGCCGGAGAGCCGUCGCUGACAUCAUCCGCGCGGCGCCUGUGCCUGAGGGAGGUCGUGUCCUCCGGAGCGCCGCUGCAGCGCGAUCACAUGGCGCGCUUCGCCAGCUGCUUCCCGCGGGUGUGCCUUUUGCAGAGCUACGGGCUAACUGAGACGACGGGGAACGUCACCAUGUGCGACCUCUCGCCGUCGCUGCACGGCAACGGCGACGGCGGCGUCGAGUCCUCCAACGAGCCGCCGACGUCGAUCUCCAUCGGGCGCCUGGUUCCGAGCACGGAGGCGAGGGUCGUGGACGAGGAGUCCGGCGAGUCCCUCCCGCCAAACCGCGUCGGCGAGCUGUGGAUCCGGGGCCCAAGCGUGAUGCAGGGCUACCUGCGCCGCGAGGAGGCCACAGCCGCGGCUCUGGUCGCGGACGACGGCGGCCGCCGGUGGCUGCGCACCGGCGACCUCUGCUACGUCGACUCCCACGGCCUUGUCCACGUGGUGGACCGGAUCAAGGAGCUCAUCAAGUACAAGGCCUACCAGGUCGCGCCGGCCGAGCUUGAGGACGUCCUCGCCGCCCACCCAGAUAUCCACGACGCCGCUGUUGCGCCGUAUCCCGACGAGGAGGCCGGCGAGAUCCCGGUAGCGUGCGUGGUGAAGAAACCAGGGAGCAACCAGCCGCAGGCGCAGGACGUCAUCUCCUUCGUUCAGAGCAAAGUGGCGCCGUACAAGAAGGUGAGGAGAGUGGUGUUCGUCGACUGCAUCCCCCGGUCACCUUCCGGCAAGAUCCUCAGGGCGCAGCUCAAGUCGUUCCUGCGUACAACGACAUGCCAAAUGCAUGUAGGAGCAGAGCUACAAGCUGGGCCAACAGCAGCCCCAAACUGAUGGAGGGCCUUCAUAACUUUGCAAGGAUGAUGAUGAAUAAAGGUGGCUUGCAUUCGUGGUGUACUAAGACCUGUUCUACCACAUGAAGUUUGAAUUACGAUAUAACAUGUAUACGUACACAAUUGGUCUUUCUCCAUGGCUUGCAUUCUGAGUUUUCCUCU